AUGCUCGUCCCAGCCCUGCGCAACCAAUCCGCAACCACGCUGAGCAACGCGGUGCAGAUGCUCGCCUGCCGCGCGCUGAUCCUGUGGAUCCGCACGACGCCGCUGUGGCUCAUGGCCGUCGCGCUCCACGCGCUGCCGGCGGCGGCCGCGUUCGCGGCGCGGCACUACGCGCUCUACCUCUGGUGCCUCGGCGAGCUCGCGUUCGUCAACUACUACAUGAUGCUGCGCUGGCGCGUGCGGCGCGCGCCGGCGCCGCGGCGCCACGAGUGCGCGACCGCCGGCGACCGCCGGCGCCUCGCCGAGCGCGCCGUCGACGACAUGUGCAACCUCGGCGCCUCGAAGCAGGCCUUCCUCGCGGGCUGGUUCCACGGCGCGACCUGCGUCACGCGCGACGCCUUCGAGCGCUGGACGGCGUGGGCGUUCUUCGACGCCGAGCCCCACGAGCUCGAGGAGGACGCAAAAGCGGAGCUCCGCGACCUGGUGACGUGGUUCGAGCGGCGCGUCGGCCACGUCUUCCCGCGCCGAGGGCCAACAGCAAACUGCAUCCGCCUCAAGUACGACGCGGUCAACGACGUCUACCGCCCCUUGAUGUACUACUGGUGCACGUGGCACCUCUGGGCGCUCGGGCGCCUCGUCGUCCGCCUGCUCGGCUUCCGCCAGGACGCCGCGGACCGCCGCGUCUUCUACCGCGCGUCGGCGGGGCCGGGGACGCCCCUCGUCUUCGUCCACGGCAUCGGCAUCGGCUUCGUCCACUACGCCCUGCUCCUCGCGUCGCUGCCGCGCGAGGCGCCCGUGGUCCUCGUCGAGUGGCCCCACUGCUCCCAGUGCCUCGACGGCCGCGACCCGCCGAGCCAGCAGGCGACGGUGGCCUCCGUGCGCCGCGCGCUCGCGAGCCGCGGCCACGGCCCCGCGGUGUUCCUCGCGCACUCGCUCGGCACGACGGCCGUCGCCUGGUGUUUGAAGGCGAAGCGGUCGCCCGUCCGUUCCGUCAUCCUGAUCGACCCCCUCUGCUUCCUCCUCGUCGCGCCCACGACCGCGUUCAACUUCCUCCACCGCGCGCCGUCGAGCGCCAUCCAGCUGCUGCUCCAGUUCUUCAUCGCCACGGAGCUCUUCACGGCGAACACGAUCCAGCGCCACUUCUCCUGGACGCACAACACGCUCUUCGUCGACGAUCUGCCGGCGGCGCGGUCGACGGUGAUCCUCGCGGCGAAGGACCUCAUCACGAACGCGCCGCUCAUCCGCCAGUACCUCCAGCCGGCGGCGUCGCGCGGCGACGUCGACGUCCACUUCCACCGCGGCCUCGAGCACGGCGAGCUCUUCCUCCGGCCGGCCCUCGUCGCGCGGACCGCGCGCGCCUACAACUCGUCGUACAUCUCCUGGAUCGAGCAGCACGCCGACGUCGCCAGCGACAGCGCCGCGGGAUCCGAUGGCGCCAACCCGGUGGCCAACCCGCAGUACUGGGCCGCGGCGACGGUCUGGGCGACGCUCACGCAGGCGCCGCCGCGCGCGUGCUGGACGACGGGCGCCUGGUCGAAGGCGAGCGGCGACGCGUCGCCGAGGGCCGCGCUCUUGUAG